AAGACCAUUAAUGUUCCUAUCUGGCAUGCGGUGGCAACCCUUCCUUGGCUGUUCCUCGCGCCUAUAUAUACUGAGUGUCGCCAGGGCCUGGGGCAUCAGUUUCCUUCUAGCAGAGUCUCAAGAUGAAGCUUGUCAUCCUUGCCGCCGCCCUGGCCCUGGUCGCCGCAGCCCCCGCCCCUGACCAGGAUAGAGAUGUGGUGCCCAUUGUGAAGUACGACCGUAUCCAGGAGGACGACGGAAGGUACAGCGUGGAUGUGGAAACAGGAAAUGGCAUCCGCUGGUCCCAGUCCGGCUCCCCCGUGUCUGAGGGCGCCAUCGCCACCGCCGGCCAGUACUCCUACACCGCCCCUGACGGCACCCUGGUUGAGAUGAAGUUCGUGGCUGACGAGAACGGUUUCCAGCCCGAAUCUCCCUUCCUUCCCGUGGCUCCAGAGUUCCCACAUGACAUCCCUCAGUUCGUGCUGGACCAGAUCGCCUUCGCCGCUCAGGAAGAUGCUGAACGUGCCCGCCAGUCAUAGACGCCCUGCCAUGUAAACGUCACGACUACAGACGAACGACGGUGCCUCGCGUUUCACGCACGCGCUGUCGGCCCUAAUUUGUAUAUUUAUUGAUAUUAUUACGUAUAAUAUAGGUAAAGUAGAUAA